AUGCUGCGAAAGGACAACUUCACAUGGACGGUAGAAGCAGAACAAGCUUUCGAAGCUCUCAGAACGACACUGACAACCAGGCCAAUCCUUGCAUUACCAGAUUUCGCCAAGGACUUUGAGGUAGAAUGUGAUGCUUCCAAUGGUAGUAUAAGAGUCAUCAUGUCGCAAGAUCGUCAUCCUAUUGAGUACCUUAGCAAGGCACUCUCAGAGAAACAUAAAGCUCUCUCAGUCCAUGACAAAGAAAUGUUGGCCGUGGUGUACGCAAUGGAGCAUUGGUGGCCCUAUUUGUUAGGCAGGAAGUUCAAAAUCUUAAUUGAUCAUCAGAUAAUCCGGUACUUCUUAGAGCAAAGAAUUACAACUCCCACCCAAGAAAAAUGGUUGCUCAAGUUGCUAGGGUAUAAUUACGAGAUCGAGUAUAGAGCCGGAGCAAGAUCCUAUGGCACAUUGAUCUUGUCAAUUCAGAACAACACCAAUAACAAUCCUAAGUAUACUUUGUCCAACAAUUGCCAUUAUUUUAAAGGAAUGGUGUUUGGGCCAUCUAAUUUGGCUUGUAGAGGUCGCAUCUUAGAAGAGUUUCAUAGCACUCCAGCUGCUGCCUGUGACACUUGCCAACGCCAGAAGUAUGAAUCUAUCAAGCCGCCUAGUCUUCUCCAACCUUUGCUAGUUCCGGAUGCUAUUUGGCAAGAUAUUGCCAUGGACUUUAUUGAAGGUUUGCCACCUAGCAAGGGCAAAAACUGCAUCUUAGUGGUAGUGGACAGAUUAUCAAAGUAUGGUCAUUUCCUACCUCUCAAACACCCUUAUACUGCUGAGAUUUUUAUCCGAGAAGUAUUUAAACUACAUGGCAUGCCCCACACAAUUGUGAGUGAUCGAGAUCCCACAUUCCUAAGCCAAUUUUGGACAUCUUUUUUUUCCAAGCUCAAGGAACCAAGAUCUGCCAUAGUUCAGCUUACCAUUCCCAAACAGAUGGCCAAACUCCUACUUCGUGGUCUAACUGGUUACCUUGGGCUGAAUGGGGAUAAGCAUAAGACUGAGCGUGAAUUUCAGAUAGGUGACUGGGUGUAUUUGCGGCUCCAACCUUAUCGCCAAGCCACUCUCCACGACUCUCAGUCUCCUAAACUCGCUCCUUACUAUUACAAUCCCUUCCAGAUCACUUCUCGUGUAGGGACUGUAGCGUAUAAACUGGCGUUGCCAGUCAUUGCCAAAAUCUCACUGCUUAAGAAGAAACUUGGCUCUUCUGUGGUUCCUAAUCCCACCUUACCACCCAUUUCCGAUGGUGCAGCUUACCCACUGAGGAUGCUACAUGGUGUGAUGCAUUGGACAUUGAAACCCAUUUUCCUUCCUUCCAAAGUUGAGGACAGGUUUAUUCUUAGGGGGCAGGAUUGUUAG